AUGUUUCUAAGUACCGCGCACUAUGGAGAGGACAGCGUGGGGUCAUUUCCGUACUUCGAAUACAAUGUGCCUCGGAAUGUGACUACAGUGGUCGGACAGACCGCGUUUCUCCAUUGUAGGGUUGAACAACUCGGUGACAAAGCGGUAUCUUGGAUUAGGAAAAGAGAUCUGCAUAUAUUAACUGCUGGGAUCCUGACUUAUACAUCGGAUCAGCGGUUUCAAGUGAUCAGGCCAGAGAAGUCGGAAAAUUGGACGCUUCAAAUAAAAUUCCCGCAGGAAAGGGACGCGGGUAUCUACGAGUGUCAAGUCAAUACCGAACCGAAGAUGUCUUUGGCUUUUCAACUGAAUGUCGUUGAAGCGAAAGCGCACAUCCUCGGUCCGGUUGACCUGUACGUGAAAACUGGCAGUUCUCUGUCGCUUACAUGUAUACUAAGCCAGGGCCCACACGAUUUGGGCACGAUAUUUUGGUAUAAGGGAUCAAACAUAAUAGAAUAUAAGGAACUAGAAGAGAAUGAGCUGGUGGAGGAACCUCGAGUGAGGCUAAAGACGGAGUGGACGGAACAGCUGACGUCACGACUGACGGUGGAGAAGUUGUUGCCGGGGGACAGCGGGAACUAUAGCUGUGUGCCCACUAUGGCUGAAGCAGCUUCUGUUAAUGUGCAUGUUAUAAAUGGUGGGAACAAUUAUGUGAAGCGAGCAGCCAGCAGCGAUGCAGCAUGGCAACGCAAACACAGCAUCACCGUGUGCGCUGUCAGUUAAUUUACUCAUCUCAUUAUAUUGCACUCUCGCUACCCUAUAUACCAGCACGGUAGAUGGAUUCAGAUGAAAAUUACAAAAGUUUUGAGACAACACUUAUAAUGGAAGUUGUUCAAAUAUUUGUAUUAUAAAAAUGAGUCUUAUGCCGGAAUACUGAAACGAUACUCAAUUUUAAGUCGUGCUCAAAUAUCGUGCCAUCUCUGUCAUUUUACAAAGAAUUUGUAGAGACAGAACUAUACUUAAGCACGACUUAAAAUUGAGUAGCGUUUGAGUAUUCCGACAUUAUUUAGGUUUUGAUAAGACUAUGUUGUGGUAGUUGACUACGUGGAUUUUUUGUAAGGGACGUUUGUAUUAGUCUUAAAGACUAUGUAUAAUGUUGUUGCAAUAAUUAUGUUACGGAGUCUUAU